CAAAGCCCUGCUUGCUGCAGAGACAGAACCCUUUUGUUUGGCAACUUCUCCCACCCCCCAACCCUAAUACAAGUGCCUUUCCUCCACCCAUACAUUGGAGUGUGUGGUGCUCCCAUCCUUGCGUCAGAGCUGUGCAAACAGAUGACACUGGACCAGACUAUUUAAGGGGCAGCAUUGAAGGGCUCAGCUACAACCUCUAGCCUGCCUCUGUUCUCUCGUGCACAGCUGCAACCUGCACCUCAUUUAGAAGCUAUGUACAGCGGGGUCUGCAUCUGCCUGCUCCUGGCUGCACUGUCCACAAGCUCCUUGGGGCAGCAGACUUCAGGAUCCCACAAUGCCAAUCCUGUGGCUACUGAUCUCGAGAAGAGCUUGCUGGAAACCUACCGGCAUGUCCGUACUCCAGGCUCUGGGAAAUCUAUCCAGCAGCUGGACGGCAACGUUGACCCAAAGGCUAACCUGGGAGCUCUGCUGGCCAAAUAUCUCCAGCAAGCCCGAAGAGGUGCUUCUGGAAAGGUCUCUGUGAUGGGACUGCAGAGUUUUGACCCGACGCACAGAAUAAGAGACAGAGACUACAUGGGCUGGAUGGAUUUUGGACGCCGGAGUGCCGAAGAAUAUGAGUACACUUCUUAGAGAGCUUCAAACUAUGCUUAAAAGAAAUGAAAAUCAAGUCCCAUUUCUGUACAGGGUGGCGGGGAAAUUAUCAUCCUUUUCGAAUCAGUGUUUUAAAAGAAAACAUAUGUAUUUGAUGUAAAUUUGUCUGUAAAACUAUACAAUGCAAUAUAUAUUAUAUAAACAUAUGCAGAAUUUUCCAGAAAAAAAAAAUACUAUCUUUCUCCUAUAGUUUCUUACCACUCGGUUGUAGACAUAUUAAAAAGUAUUUCAUUCA